AGCGAAGCCGUGUGCCUGUGCACACGGAGGGAGCAGUGGCCAGAGACAGGGUGUCCUCACCAUGGUUCCUUCUCAGCUCCUGGCAAAAGUCAAGGGCUGGCUCCGGAUCCGCAGCCUCCUGGCCCGACAGUGCCUGGCAGAGUUUCUGGGUGUGUUUGUGCUCAUGCUCAUCACCCAGGGGGCUGUGGCCCAGGCUGUCACCAGUGAGGAAACCAAAGGCAACUUCUUUACCAUGUUUCUGGCUGGCGCUUUGGCUGUUAUGGUAGCCAUCUACGUGGGUGGUAAUGUCUCCGGGGCUCACCUGAAUCCGGCCUUCUCCCUGGCCAUGUGCCUCCUGGGACGCCUCCCCUGGGCCAAGCUCCCCGUCUACUCCUUGGUGCAGACUCUGUCCGCUUUCUGUGCCUCUGGAGCCACUUACGCGCUCUACUACGAUGCCCUGCAGAACUAUACGGGUGGGAACCUGACAGUGACUGGCCCCAAGGAGACGGUGUCCAUCUUUGCCACCUACCCUGCUCCGUAUCUGUCCCUGAACAAUGGCUUCUUGGAUCAGGUUCUGGGAACUGCGGUCCUGAUUGUGGGGAUCUUGGCCAUCCUGGACACACGGAACAAGGGUGUGCCCGCGGGUCUGGAGCCCGUGGCAGUGGGCCUUUUGAUCCUGGCCAUUGGGCUAUCCAUGGGUGCCAACUGUGGAUACCCACUCAACCCUGCCCGGGACCUGGGCCCACGGAUAUUCACCUACGUGGCCGGCUGGGGCCCUGAAGUCUUCAGGGCUGGAAAUGGCUGGUGGUGGGUGCCUGUGGUGGCCCCAAUGGUGGGGGCCACCCUCGGCACCGCCACUUACCAACUGCUGGUAGCUCUGCACCACCCUGAGGAUUCGGAGAAGGCAGCUCAGGGUCUAGUACUUGCCCAGUAUAAAGACUUGGACACUCCUGCCUCGACUCAGAUGCCUCAGCAGUCCUACCUCCCUCAUGGACAAUGAAGAGGGCCAGAGACCCAGACUUGGAGACACGGCAUUCUUUCUCUUUACUAAGGCGCCAGGCUCCGGGAGGCUUCUGUGCUACCUCACUGAAGCAUCGCUUCCUCCUGACCUGGGGAGGAUGCCUGGACAGGAAGACCCGGAGGAGCUUAGGGUCCGUCUCCAUCCUCUCCUCCCACAAGCCUGUUUCGGGACCCAGCUGGCUUCCAGGAACGCAGUUCCUCCCUGUGGCCGCCAGGGGGCGCGCCGGGAAGCCGGCCCGGGGAAGCCGCAGACAUCCGCGGGGCGGUGGGACUUCCUCCGAAGCCCGGUCCCCGGUCUGACGCCCCGUUCUCCUAACCCCUGCCUUCAGCUCCCCCGCCUUCAGC